AUGGGCUUAAUCAGUAUUUCCUGGACGGUUAUUAUCCCAGUCUCUGCCUUAUACUGGGACCACUGCGCCUCGAUAGGUAUCGAAAUAAUUUUCCGGGGAUGGAACGGAUACGAAUUUUGGGGAAGACUUGCAUUCUCACCUUGGAUCUUAGACGGAGUCUUCAUCUGGUGGGCUAUUCGGCGUAUUAUCCAGAUGUUUAGUGUUGGUAAAUUAUGCCGACGAUCCCGUUGGGAGGCAGGAAUUGUCUUCGUUCCCACUGUAUUCCCAGCGGUCCGGGCAGCCGUUGGAGCUCUUGAGGCAAAUCUCUACGUUCUUGGGAUGCUCACGUGUGCCUGCAUAGCCAUGUUUUUCCUUAUAUUAGUAGUCGUGUCUUACCGUGUCUCCAACUACGAUACACACCUGGCUCAUUGGUAUGCAGUGGAUGACAUAAGAGCUCCAUUGCUGUCCCGUGAUGCUACUAGUAUGGCUUAUGUCCUUCCAUAUUACAGCUCCAACUUUAGAUCAAUGAUCAACUACAGCUCUGGCUUUAGCCCAGUGAUCAGCUACAGCAUCGACAGCGAGCAACAACUCCUAAAGUCCAACAAACAGUUCAUGGAACCGAUGGACACGAAGGAUUGGAAAAUAAAGCACUGCAGAGCAGCUGCUCACACAAUCGUGACAAGCCUUAUUGAAAAUAUCGAUGAUGACAGGAAGAUGAUUCAGAGACUUGGCUCUUGGUUAUACCUGCAUCCCAACGUGCACAAGAGAUGGCCAGCACUGCCAACCAGGAAUGGAAUAUUACGCCCCGGAUAUUUUCUAAUUGGUAGAGAUGUCGUAUUUGCACUUCUUCUAUGGGAAAGUCUCGUUUUCGAACGUCGCUGGCAGCUCGACGAAGAAUUCCGCGACCAAGUUUGGCUGCUCCAUGAGCGAAAAUACACCGGACGAGGGUUAAAUGACUCACCUAAUAGGAAUGUACCAGCUACGAGAGGCAAGCCUAAAAAGGGUGACGGGCUCGAUGGCCUUUUGGAAGCAUUUGAUGAAGUUUACCGCAUUCUCGACCAUACGAGCCCAGAGCGACCGCCGAGUUCGUAUGCUGUUAGUUUCUUGGUGGGGUCUUCCCUGGAGAGCCCAGAUGAGGCAGGCAAGAACUCAGAGGGCUUAUAA